GCCCGAUUCACUGCUGUUUACACUCAUUUGACUAUUAAUGACUACACACAUUUCAAAAUGUCGAAAAGAUUGAAAGUUUCAGAAGGGGAUUGGACGUGUUCAGAAGCGAGGUUUGUUUCUAUUCAGUACCUCUGGAAUGAGUAGAAGCACAUUCAAAUAUAUUUCUGUUUUUUACAGUUGUGGAAAUCUGAAUUUCGCGCGAAGAACAAACUGUAAUCGUUGCGGCAAAGGUAUUUAUGAUUUAGGGCAUGCAUGGAAUAUUUAAUUUGAAGCUGAGAUUGUGCCUGUUCCUGACUGAAGAAUCCGUAUAGUGGGUUAAAAUAAAAUAAAAAUAAUGACAUUGUUAUUAUUCAUGCAUAUUCGCGGCAAUACUAGAUAUUUUAACAGAUUUAUAAAAGUAUCGAACUAGCGUCUUGCGAGUUGCAACUAGUACUCUGGUUACUGGUGGUUGUUCUAGCGACACAUGUUAAACCCAGUUAUGUCUUGCCAGCAUAAAAUAUGAAACAAAAAACAUCAGAUUUUUACCAAACAGGUCUGUGACUCUGUGGACACAAAGAUUUUCUUCCACAAUCAUACUAUCAUAGUACACAGCCCUGUUUACAUGAGACUUUUGAGGCAGGCUGGCUUGCCAAAACAAACCACUAGUCUCACUGCUAUAAAUAGAAUAAUAUAAAUAUAUUUCUCAUGAACCUGAAAUUUACACUUUCGCAAGCAACUUUCACAGUUAUAACCACAGAAUUGUUCACAGAGACCUUUUAAGAUCGACAUUUGUUGAGAACAGAGCACUAACACUCGGCCCACUUAGGCUAACACUUAGCCUAACACUUAGCCAGCCAGCCUUGGGUCAGUCAAUCAAGGCAGAUCUUUCUUUGGCGGGCCAGCUCAGUUCCCAUAUAAAUGCAAAAUGAAAUUUAUUAACCAACUUUCGUUGGUAGGGAUGCAACUACCUGAAAAAUCGUCUAGAGUGACUGAAAUUUAGUAGCUCCAACAGUUUAUGAAGUCACAGUUUAUGAGAUUUGGUGAGAAAUAGUAAUGAAUGCGAGAUCUCAUCUAAACUGGGCAGCUCUCCCCAUAUAGACAGCUCCUUACACUUGUCCUGAAAUAUUCCUUGUUAUAUUACUUAUGGUAUAGAGAAAGGAAAUGCAGUUGACAAAGUAAAGAAAAGUGGAGCAGAAAUUGGCAAACAUAUUGCUGAAAAAAGCAAGGGCUUAUUCAGUGCUGAUGAUUGGCAAUGUGGCAAGUGAGUGCCUUAGUAAUUCUGCUAAUUCAAAUCCAGUGAUCCAAAAUAAUAGUCUGUGAGUCAUGUGCAAAAUCCAAUGUGGAUUGCAUUCUUGCAACAUUUAACAUCCCUUGAUUGGACUGGAUGAUCAGAUGAUUUAUUUUUCUAUUGGAUCUGAUUGGAUUUUGCUGUUUUUAGUCUGAUUGAACCAGUUUCUUUCCUCAGUCAUUAAUCAUUAAUCUGCCCAUGUGUAUGUUUAAAGUGCACAUGACAUGAAUUUUUUUCCUUAAUUUUACUGCUUUAAUUACUAGGAAGUACCCUUCAAGUGAUGAAGAAUGGUGGUAACAGUUUUUUCAUAUCUCAUCUCAAUCCAGAGUUAUUACAGUUUUUGUAAUUUGAGCUAUGACCUCAUAAGCUGUGCUAAAAGUUGCAAGAAAAACGUAAAGUGGAAUAUCUCCAACUAAGAUGAUUUAAGCAAAUGAAAUGAAACUUUGCACAGUUGUUGAGUGCAGUCACACAUACAUUUUUGGCAUGUUUAUGUGGUUGUCGAGGCAACGCCCUAGUUUCCAGUCCCCUGCCUUGCAUAAACUUAGCUUUAUACAAUCUCGUUCCCCGAGCCUGCGAUCCUCGGGAAGGAAUGCGAGGCUCUGGGAUAAUCCGUUUCAGGGAGGAAUCUGAUUGGCCGUUGAAAUGGAAUGCAUAGUUCAAUCUUAGCCAGGAUUCCUGGCUUCCGGCAACGGAUUAUCCCAGAGCCUCGCGUUCCUUCCUGAGGAUCGCAGGGUCGGGAAACGAGAUUGAGCUUUAUAUUUCCAACAACACAAGUGGCUAUUUCUGUUGUUUUCAUUGCUUAUGUUCUUUAUGGAAACAUUUUAGUACUUGUCAACUAAAAACUGUGAAACAGGCACUUUUCUUAGCCAGUAUACAGCAGGAACCAUGUGACUUGAUGCACGGAGACUGGGAACCAGUGCGUUGCCUUGACAACCACACAAACAUACCAAAAUGUAUGUGUGACUGCACUCAACAACUGUGCACUCAACAACUGUGCAUUUGCUCAAAUCCUCUUGGAGAUAUUCCACUUUCAGUUUUUCUUGCAACCUUUAGCACAAUGUAUGAUGUCAUAGCUCAAAUUACAAAAACUGUAAUAACUCUUGAUUGACUGUAACCUGACCAUUCUUCAUCAUUUGAAGGGUACUUUCUAGUAAAGCAAUAAAAUUAAGGCCAAAAAAUUCAUGUCAUGUGCACUUUAAUUAAACCAUUAUUCAUUAAGUUGCAUUGCGCUGUACUUUCUUAUUUUACUCGAUCUCAUGUCUAAUGCCAAACAUUUUUCGUUUCCGAAGUCUUGGAAGAGCAUUUGCUGUGUUUCCUGAGAGGAAUUUUUGUGAAUUUCUUGCAUUUAAAAAUACAAGAUUUUGUAACUUUUUACACUUCACUCUCUGUAUGCAAUCACAUGUGUUCCUAUUUAUAUAUUACAUAAUAUCAAUGUACAGUAAUAACAAACUGUUACAGAUAAUAUAAGGUGAUUGUAAUUGCUUGUGCAAGAAAGAAAUGAAGUACAUGCUUGUACGAAAAGAAAUUAUAGAAUCCUUGUGGAAAGAAAUUAUAGAAUCCUCCUGUGUGACCCAAGGCACUUUUUUCCAUGCACUUACUAAGUGCCAAUAUAUUCUGCAUACAUUUCUUUUGUACUUCCCAAGACCAAAAGCAAUCAUUCAGUCCAUAAAAUAACUUAAUUCACUUUGUCUAGAAAAUUGUUCUUUCAUCUUUAUGAAAAUGCACGCAACACUGCGCAUGCAUACAUAUGUUUUUAGAUAUGCAGUGUUUGGCGUGGCACAAGUUUGAUCUAGCACAGCCUGCAUAGGGCGCUUGAUGUACCACCUCUCCAGGGCUUGUCUAAAGAAUAUUACCUUCAGAUCCAAGAUAUCCAAUGCACAACUUGGUUUCAAAAGUAAAUAAAUAAUGUUCAACAUGAAAGUUUACAGGAAGUUUUACUGAUUUCUAGACUGAAAUAAAAUACAAUGUCUGCGAAGGUUACGACCAAAAAAUCAUAAGACGUCGUUCUUUUAAGCCUGUUAUUUUACUCUGUCUAAUGCCAGACGAUUUUACUCGUUAGGGGGAGAGUGCAUGCUGCCACUCUAUGGAUUAAUUUGCACCAAAGGUCUUUUUCUGUGAAAAUUGAGCGUGGGUGAAGCAGGUGAUGAAGCGGUGUAUAUAUAUAAUAUAUAUAUUGAUCUAUUGUGAUGGUUUUUGCCAACACGUUGCGUUUUUCAAGAUAAUAUAUAAAGCAAUAUUAAGUGAAACCUUUGCCAGGAUUUGAGUGAAGAACACCAACGAAGAUGUUGUGAAAGAUGCAAUGUGAGAAAACGAACGUUAUCUCUGUUCUGGCUCUAUAUAUAAAAAACAUCUGGAGAAGACCUCGCUGGCGUCAAGAUAACUAGCUGACUGAUGUAUUGACUAGUAGUCUGACCACUGCGUAGGGUACCAAAAAUUCUGACUUUGCAGAUUGUGUUUCACGUUGGAAGAUCAGAUCUUUAACGUGAAACACAAUCGGCAAGUGCAACUGCAAACUGCCAAUUGCUGUUAAUGAAUUCAUCAUAGACUCAAACUGCCACAGGAACAGCGUCGAAAAGCUGUAAUACGAUCGCAACUUACAAACGUCAAGCUUUCAUGAAGCCAUGCAUCUGACUUAGCGCUACAUAGUCUGUGUAUUCAUGCCUUGUAGAUAACGAAAAAGUACGAAACAACGUUUGCGUGCGAACAAUUGCGCUGUGGAGUCCGAGAGUGCAUGUUAGCGUCAUGCCUCGCGUCAUGCUAUAUAAAAAUUGAAACACUGUCAAAAUUUUUCGAAGCUGGUUUGCAUAUAUAUAUUUUCUGCGUGGUUAAGUGUUUUCACUGUUUUGUUUCCUGAGUUAUGUUACUCUGAUAAUUAUAGGAGUUUGUAGACAGAUUUUGCAUAUUAAAGAUGCUGGAAGCGUGAAAAGGGUUAUUCAUAAUAAUAUUAAUAAAUGUUCUCUGAUCGUAAAAUAUUUAUUUAAUAUUUUAUGAUGUGGCUGGAGCCGGAGCUCAGAGCUAUAAUUCGGCCGGAGCCAGAGCUAAAAAACCGGAGUUUGCACAGCACUAGUCAGGCGCCGCAUUGUCGAAUCGCGUCCGAUGCAUGUGUCUCGGCCUUUACGCAGUACUUUCUGCAAGUACGAAUUCUUGGUGAGUCGCACGUUGUGAUCUUGCAGCUAGACUCUGGCAGCUAGACAGUUCCAGAGCUUGGAGCUCUACAGACGUAUCUUCGCAAUUGUUUAUUAUUACUUUAUGUUAUUGCUUCAACCGCUAUUACUUAAUUUAUCGUAACCAUCGUUUGAACAAGAUUUUAUAAAUACACCAUAGCUGCAAUGAGAUAUUAAAUAAACGGGAUGUAAAGCACCACGAGCGCGAGUUAUCCGUGCAAGACGACGACUGUGGUGAAAAACGUCUCAUAUAUAAAUAUGGCGCAAUGCGACGUGAUUUAUAGUUCCACCCCCCUCUCUCGCUUUAAGGAUGGAAGGAGUAACCGUCUCAUGUUAAACAGAAAAGGGGAAGAAUAAAAAAAUUUUUUAAUAAUGAGGGGUUACUAAAAGGGAGUGGGUUGAUUUAAAAUGGGGGCGAUGAGCAAAAUACUGUCAUGAAGAUUGCUGAGGAAGACGUUUUUCAAAGUGCAGAAAAUCAAGACAGGAUGAUCUUACAGAGCCCAAAAAAAUUUUCGUUAGAAGCAUUUCGUGCUAUGUGCAAGCGUUAAAGGUUAACCUGUCAAAUUUGUCUCUCUGAAACAGCUGUCGUUAAAGAAGGGUUGGAAAGUUUUGAAAAAGGAGGGACAUUGGGGGUAUUGAUAAAAUGGGGGGAGGGGGGAUACAACACCUUUCCGAACUGUGCUUUGGAUGAAGUGAAUAAAGAUCUGACAGAUGAGAAACCACGCAACAUGAAUUGGAAGAAGGAAUGCAAUUAAUGAUGAUCACGUACAUUAUUAUUUAUUCAUUCGCCAAAAAAAUAUUAUAUACAAGAAGUGGGCUAUAGGGGCCUACUAGAAACCUUUUAUUAAGGCCCAUAAAUUUCAAGAUUUUACAUUCUAUUACAUGAUUUUACAAAAUGUUACAUGGUUUGAAUCUAAAUUUGGACAUCAUUGUUAAAUACCACUCUUACUGCUUCUGUAUCUUAAUUGUUCUGCAUAAUAUAAAGCCUAUUGGGCGAGCUUGCUAUUUGACGUGAGAUUUUUGUAGCAGAUAAAUAUAAAUAAAAAAGAACUAAUGUUUAAGUGAUAUGAAUAUCUCAUGCUUUUAAAUAUGGAUUUGAAAGUGUGUUCUCCCUUGUUCGAAUCUGACAUGGGUAAACCAUAUGUUGAAUACUGUGUUGGGUUUUAUUAUUUUCUUUAUUUACUAAUUCGUCCAAAACAUUACAUUAACAAAUAUGGAAAUAAAAUAUUUACAAGAUGUGGGCUAGGGCCUUCUAGAAACCAUAAGGAGGCUUUUAUUUAAGACCUUAUAAUACUGUAUUAAAUCUUAAAUAUUGAAUACUGUACUUGGACUCUUAUAGUACAUUGUUAUUUUUUUACAGAUGUGGAAACAUAAAUUGGGCUCGACGCUCAACAUGCAAUGUUUGCAAUGCACCAAAGGUUGGCCAUAAGGAAAGAAGAACAGGUAUUUUAUAUGAAGUUGAAAAGUUCUUUGUGAAUGAUAAUUUCGAGUGAAAGCUUUGCUUGAUUUGAACUAACCAGGAGCAUGCAGCUGCGGAAAUAUAAGUUUGUAAUUUUUGCACUCCGGGAGGAGUCGAACUGCGAUUCUGGUGCAGCGUUGUGACAAGUGAGUUAUAGAGUCAGUUGCCAAGAACUAAUCACAAGUUCAUCGACAGAUGUCGUUAGCAAUGAUAUCAUCGAUAGAUUGUGGUUAGCAAAUGAAUGUCAUCGAUAGAUUUUAUAAAUAUACAGUAGGUACCCACUCUAUAUUUAUGUCUAUAUAUAGGACUUGGUGGAGGUUUUAAUGAACGUGAAAAUGUGGAAUAUGUUGAACGACAGGACUCUGACGAUGAGUAUGAUCAGGUAGCUAAACUACGCUUGAGAAACAACUUUGAUUAAGAAAUUAUUGCAUUCAUAAUAAGCUUGACAGUUUUUGUCACAUUUGAAUUGUCUGAAUAGCUAUACAAUGCAUCUCACAAUUGUUUAUAAUUUAAAUAAUUUAUAUAGUUUGGCAGAAAAAAGAAGAAAGGAGCAAGACAAAUCACUACACAGGUAUUUUUUGAAGAAACAGUUGAGGUUAUACACGAAAUCCAUUCAACUGCAUGCAUAAUUCGAGGAAAAUAAAUUUGGUAAACUCGUGCAUUCAGGGAAAACCAAAACAUUACAUCGCCACUAGGCUUACGGUGAACAGUUAAUCGGCACAGUGCCAUAUUAAUUUUUCCCAAUUCAAUUGUGAAAACCUAUUAAAUUUUACUGCUUAAGGUUCAAUUACGAUAUUUUGUAAAAUUGUAUAUCUUCCGUCCGCUUUCCGGGACUCGUUCGAGAACGCGUUGUGAACGAAAAUUGAACUGGUUCGUAAUGCGAACGUGGCAUUAAUGCAUUAGGCUCUGAACGGUGUGCUGUACCCAUAUGGUACCUAUUUUGUAGAACAACGAACAGAGACCACGAUUAAGUAUUGAAGAAGAUCUCCGACAAAGAAAUGUUGAAGCACCAGCAGAGGAGGAAGAUGAAGAUGACGAUGAAAGUGAUGUUGAUCUCUCAAAAUAUGAAUUGGAUGAUGAUGUAAGUUUCUUUAAAUUUGUGAAGAGAGAGCAUGGGGAUAGAUAAUCAUAUCCAUAUUAUGGAAAUCAUAGUUCAUUUUAUGGUGAGCUUGGUUAUGGUAUAAAUGAACAAUUUUUGUGCGAAUAUGCGUCCAGAAAUCGGUUGUAUUGAGUUUCCAUUAUACGUAUUAUUGUCCGUGUGUAUUUAUAUUUCGCUGAUGGAAAUCACAAAAUUUUCUCGUACAGAACUACAUUUUUAUUUCCCUUCAACCUAAGACUAAAUAUUAAUAAACAUUGUAAAAUAUAGGUCAGGAGGAAAUUAUACACUUAUUCAGUAAUACAUAUAGCUGAUUUGCAAUAAUUUACCACAAUAUUACAAUAUAAAACUGUGCAACACUAUCAAAACUAAUAAACGCGGUUUCACGUUUGCCGUACUUGCAAAUAUGAAAUUAAGAUUGACGUUUUUCUUCGCGUUCAAUCUUUUUCCGUCGAAACUAUAGGAUCCAUUUGAAUUGUGUCAUCCUGUCAAAAAAACAAAUGUCACUACCAAUUUGUUAAAAUGAAUUGAAAUAUGAAAGUAUAAAUGUAAGUAAGAAAUAUGCAAUUAUGUUUAAACACGGACUGUGAAAAGGUUAUCAAUGAUUUUGAACUUGCUUUAUCGUGACUAUUCAAAUGUAAACGUUUAUUAAUUAAAACGAUUCAAACCACGACUUAAAAUAAUCAUACCAAAAUGGCCACAAAAUAUUGAACUGACAUCGAAAUUUUCAUGUUUGUUCAUGAUCUAGAUAAGAAGAACGAAAGCCAUUACCAUAGUUGGAAAGAGCAUCUUUCAUCUCUUGGUUGCGAAUUGUUGUAAAAUGAGGAAAAUAUAGCCCUGUGAAGUUCGCAAAUUUUGUAUAUAUUUGUAUUACGCGCGUGAAAAAUAACCAUUUUUGAGGCGAAAGUGUUAUUUUUACAAAUAUAUACAAAAUAUGCGAACUUCACAGGACUAUAUUUUCUUCAUUUUACACCAUUAAGCAACCAAUCUUUGCAAUUUUACUCAUUCUAAGACGCUCUUUCUAGCUGUGGUGUUGGAUUUUGUUUUUCUUGCCUUGAUCAAAAUUUAGUCUAUAGCUGCAAUCACCCAUUGCAUAUUUUAGGACUCGAAUGCUCGUCGCAAAAGUGAAAGGCAUGUGUUAUAAGCACUGUGCCUCCCACACAUCUGCCACCAAAUAACAUCUGGUGAACUAAGUUUAUUUCUGUUUUAGGACGAAGAUGAAACUGCAGCCAAGACAAAUGAAGACUCACGGGACCAGGGAGGGUAAUCAUAUGACCUGACACCCCUGUGGGGUUCAGGUGGGACAAAACCAAAUGUUUUUUUUUUCUAUGAAAACCUCGACUUCUCAUGGAAUGGUCAUUUCGGCUUAUGUUACCGAGGACAGUUUCAGAGGACAAUUUCAUAUGUUUCAUUGUGCUACAGUAUGUGACACGGUGAAAGAGGAAAUCUUUGGAGUAAUGGAACAACGCUGAACUCACCGAUUUCGGCAUCGGCGAUUUCCUGGAUAAUCUGUUUUUCUUUCUGGCAGUAAAAUCCAUACCAAAUGUAUAACGAGUUAAAAAUUUCGUGUAUGCGUCACUGGGUGGGUGGGGACAAGUCCCGCAUGUUGGCCCGGGAUCAACUAUCAUUCUCCUUUGCCAAAACUACCUACAGUAGCAAAAAUUUGGAAUUGGCAUAAAGGCCAAACAUUGAAAAUAUAAGUGAACGUCCUCGUCGAGAAGUAAAAUAUCAUUGUAGUUUAAAUGUAAAUACUGUACCUUAACGUUACUGCUUUAUUUUAAGGUUGAAUGCAAAUGAUGGCGGUUCUAAAAGGUACUGUCCAGACGUCAAGCGAUUAGUCGCCAUUAACUUUCAGAAUAAGAGCAUUCGCUUGAAAAGUAUACUUUUCAGUAAUUGUAUCCCAGUGGCGGACAGUUCGCCAAAUUGUUUUUGGCGGGAGUAACCUCUCCGCAGAGGUUAUUAAUUCUACUUCGGACAUCGAUCUGCGGACAUAUCUCGGAGUUAUGUAUGAGUCAAAUCCAACCGCGAUCAGCCCGGAAACCCCAGGGCAUUUGACUUAACGUUACCUCCGUAUAGGCGGGAAUUUGACGGCCCGGGCAUUUGACCACUUGACAACAACUUGCUCAGCGGUUUUCCCUAAAAAUAUGUGUACAUUCUAGCGCUUCAGGAGUUUUUUAUUUUACGUCUUUUCUAUAGUUUAAAAAUUGCUUCUGAAUGAGUAAAUCACAAAUAUCAAUCAUAGAUAUAUGAUACAAUAUGCCCGGUUGAACAAAAAGAAGAACUGACUGACCUACUUUUCGUUCUUUUUAAUCUUGAAAUACCAAUUACUUUUUCAAAAGUCAAAUUCCCCGGGGGUUGCAAGGUUGAUCGCGGUUGGAUUUGACUCGUACAUUAAUAGGAGGGGAUUUAUUUUGCCACCAUCUUACCACUCAUUUACUACCCUUACUGUUGUGGAAAAUCUCAGUUCUUGUUUUAAAUUUCAUGGAAAUAUGAUUACUGUAGUUUAUAGCCUCCCAAAUACUUUCAUGAUUGUAAAAUUAUUGUUGCAGCUUUGUUUCACAGUUGUUCAGAUACUGUCCAGCCUCACUUCCUUACGGCUGACUUAAUCCGCGUCUUCUCUAACAGUGAUUUUCCUCUUUAAAGAUCGCGUUCUCGCUCUCCUGCAUUAGAUGACCGAAAUGUUCGUCGUCGUAGUUCAUCGUCCAGUUCUAGUUCGAGAUCAUCGCGGAGUUCAUCAUCACGAAGUUCUUCAUCGAGAUCGAAUGGUAGAAGGUUUGAAUACUCAUGUUUUCAUGAGAUCUAUUUUCCUGUGGGAUAGAACCACUGAUUUAAUCAGUGGAUAGAACACCCUGAAUUCUGCAGGAAUUGUGUAACACAUUGCUUCUUCAUGGAUUAAUGUUGGUAAAUCACAGACUAUAUAGUUACACGAUCCAACUUGCAAUGGUUUUGCAUAUUUUGUCACGCGUGGUAUAGCAAGUACGGUUUGUGUCACAGAUAUGUGUAUCCUCGUGUAUCUCCAUACUCGUAUCACUCGGGAUGCACAAGGGAUACACAAAACACUGUGACAACGGCAUUCAGUCUACAUUGCUGCCGGAACGACCAGGCUGUCCAGGCAUUUAGAAUCUAUUCAUAGGCUAAAUAGGGACUAUAACUAUUCGUAGACAGAUUGGCUAAUACAUAAGGCCACUACCGGUAUGCAACUAUUCCCUCCUCUUUCAAAAGGAUUUUUAAGUCAGAAGAACUGUUUAGGUUAUUUCUAGUGAAGGUGAUACAUGCAGGUGAAAAGAAAACCUUGACCACGCCGACUUAAAAAAUCUUCUACCAUUAAUUCCAAUUUCCAACACAAUCGGAACCUUGGUUGUAGACGUACUGUAUAUAACAAUGACUUUUCAAAUGUUGGUCUAAAAUGAAGAGCACCCCUGCUCUUUCCUGCCUGCUUUUUCCUGCCUGCUUGUUCCGGUGUCCAAAGGUUUACUACAGCUUUGAAUUUUGCGAACUGCAUUAUUUCUAGGAGUCGCUCAGGUUCCCGUUCAAGAUCAAAAUCCCCGGAAGAAAAAUAAACCAAAGUAAAGUACGUAUAAAUAUACGAACGUGAGGUACGUAAAGUACAGAUUGCGAAGACGAAGUGCUUUCAAUGAUGAUUCAUUAUGCAUGCUCAUUUAUCAACCCACGGUUCAACCAAGAACACGUUUAUUUUGGCAUGUAUUUAACAAAUAUAAAAAUUUUCCGUGUUGGUAUACAGUUAUAUCAACACGAGUGGGGAUUGGGAAAACGAGAAAUUCGAGUUCUCCCAAUUUCCACGAGUGUUGAUAUAACUGUAUAUCAACACGGAAAAUGUUUUAUAUUUGUUUUAUAAUAUAGCACAAAGAAAUAUAAAGAAAGAAAUUUUCCUAUGUUUCCGUGUUGACAUUGAGUUAUAUCAACACGGCUCUUAGCCAAUCAGCGUUCAGAAUUUACAAAUGCUAUAUUAUAAAUAUUAUUGGUACUGCAAAUUGAGGUGAAACAAUCAUCUGCCCGUCUUUUACAACUAUGUGGGUAACUAAAGUCCUCUGAUGCAGGCAAUCAGCCGGAAUAUAGGAAACACUUUACUACUUGUGGGUCGAGAAUCCAUGGAUUUUGAUACUUGUCAGGUACUUGUCUGAUUGAACACACCUAGACGUUUCAAGCGAAGAUGCUUGGUCAGGGGAUAUAAUAGCUAAGACAGUCAACUAAGACAGUUUUAUGGAUUUUUCACUUUCCUUGGGCUUCACUAAAUUGCAUGUUAUAAAUUAUCUUCCGCAAAGUUUUUGGAUCUUGGUCCAAGUAUACAGUUGUUUUACAGUUUAGUAGAAUUUUGUGCGUCAUUAUUUAAUACCCAGUUUAUUAUAAAACACACAAUAUUUACCGAGUUUUGACUAGUUCUUAUACGUAUUUAUAUUUCUCUGUUUUAGACCUGCCUUGUUCCUGCAUACUGUAUUUUGUUUUUGCUUGUGCAAUACUUUAAAUAUGCCAUGCUGUGUUAAUAAAUUGUAUUUUGCUUUCAGUUUUUGUAUCUUUAUUUUACUGCAUGUAAACAAUUUUAUAAAUAAAAGUUUUAAGUUUACUUCUGUCGUCAUUUAUUUCAUACCAUGUGUAACAUAGUGUAAAAUCAAGUAAUCGUGUCACUAGGCGUAUAGACCCAUUGCACAUGACGUCACAGCGCCGGUGACGAUGCAUCUGGAGGACAAAUUAGCAAUCUAUGCAUAAUAUAACUUCUGUAAACGAAGC